CCCAUCUUCUCAAAUGGCGACCUCUGUGGGGAACAACUUCAUGCCUCCGACUCUGAUCUCCAAUCUUCAGCAAGUUCUGAUCGCCAGAAAAAACGACGCCGUAGAAUGCCAGUCCCACAAAGUCCACAAGCCAACCGAAGCUGACGCGUCGAAAACGGAGAGCGAUUGCGCGAAGCCGGUGGUGUUGGUGACCAACGGGGAAGGAGUAGAGUCUCCUGGUCUCACAUUCCUCGUCGAAGCUCUCGUUCGGGACGGUCGCUUUGACGUCCACGUGUGCGCUCCCCAAUCGGAUAGAUCGGUGUCCGGUCACUCGGUGACGAUUCGGGAGACGCUUUCUGCGUGUUCCGUUGAACUCUGUGGUGCCACUGCUUUUGAAGUUUCUGGAAGCCCUGCUGAUUGUGUAUCUUUAGCUUUAUCUGGGGCAUUGUUUUCUUGGUCAAAGCCUGUUUUGGUCAUUAGUGGAGUAAACAAGGGAUCAAGUUGUGGUAACAACAUGUUCUACUCUGGGGCUGUUGCUGGAGCUAGAGAGGCACUGAUUUGUGGUGUACCAUCUCUUUGUAUAUCAUUGAACUGGAAGAAGGAGGUGAGCUGUGAGAGUGAUUUGAAGGAUGCAGUCGUUGUUUGUUUGCCAUUAAUACAUGCGACCGUAAGAGAUAUUGAGAAAGGAACUUUCCCAAAAAGUUUCUUGCUGAAUAUUGAGAUUCCCAGUUGUCCUUUGACAAACAAGGGCUUCAAGGUGACCAGGCAGAGUCUAUGGAGGUCCUCUCUAAGCUGGCAAGCUGUGUCAGCAAACAGACAUCCCUCUGCUGGCCAUUUCAUGUCCAAUCAGCAAAGCCUUGGUAUGAAGCUGGCACAGCUCAGCCGAGAUGCCUCUGCUGCUGGUGCAGCACGUCGUUUGAACUCACAUCGGAAGAAUGUGGAGAUUGAAUCAGUUGGAGUAGCAGGAAAAUGCAAUUCCCAAAAAACUGUGAAGAAAUACUUCCGCUUAGAGUUCGUAGAAAAGGAGCAGGAACAUGUGGAUGAGGAUCUUGAUUACAGAGCACUUGAAGAUGGAUUUGUUGCAAUUACUCCUAUGUCUUUAAAUCCAUCCAACUGGUUAGAGAGGUUCGAUCAUUGGUGUCAAACUGGGUUGCUAUUGCACUCGCAGAUGAACAACGAAGCUUCCUCACUUACCCAAAACAUUAUGCAAAAAGGGAAAAAGGGUGCAAAGGAAGCUUCAUCUGCCUUAGAGUAACUUGUCAAACCAAUUCGUUGCAGUGAUCUUGGCAGGCAAUAUUUGAUUAUAACUCAAACAAGAUGGGCCACACUAGUGUAAUAUGCAGGGCCUAUGGCCUUGUCACUCUUUUUGAUGCUGCCACGGCAUAGAAAUACUUUGGAAACUCUUCUCUUCCUGUAAUUGUCGAACUUGUGCUUCACUUUGGAAUGAAUUAGGUUGCCUGGGUAAACUAAGUAGUACAUGCACCUCUACAUAUUCUCUAGCGUGUUGUAACAUAUCAGGAUUCCUACAAUUUUUUAAAAAUUGUAGAUUCUCAAAUUACGUAAUUUAUGUCAUUUUUAAGCAUUGAAACGCUUGAAAAUGCUAUGUAUUA